UUCAUCAUUUCAAUCAUCUCUUCACCAACAACACAUUCAUUCCAUUCCUCACUUCUACUCCAAUACUUCCUCCAAUUCCCACCAAAUUCCAAUUGCAAUUUCACCGAUUCUCUCUGUAGAAACUCAGUGAUACGCUUACCUCAGAAUGAGUUUUCAAGACUUAGAAUCCGGCCGGCGAAACCUAAUCAACGGCAAACAAAACCCGACGCAAGCGGUUGCUUCCGGCGUAUUUCAGAUCAACACCGCCGUCUCCACUUUUCAGAGACUCGUUAACACUCUCGGAACUCCUAAAGACACGCCCGAACUCCGAGAGAAACUGCACAAGACGAGACUUCAUAUUGGACAAUUGGUGAAGGAUACUUCGGAUAAACUUAAACAAGCUAGUGAAAUUGAUCAUCAUGCUGAUGUUAAUGCAACCAAGAAGAUAGCAGAUGCUAAAUUGGCGAAAGAUUUUCAGGCAGUGUUGAAAGAAUUUCAGAAGGCACAACGUCUUGCAGCUGAGAGGGAGACAGCUUACACUCCAUUUGUUCCGCAUGAAGAUCAGCCAUCCAGCUAUACAGGCAGUGAAGUAGGUGUUAGUUCCGAUAAAAGUCAAGAACGGCAUGCCUUUCUUUUGGAAUCCAGAAGACAGGAGGUAAUAUCCUUAGAUAAUGAGAUUUCCUUCAAUGAGGCUAUCAUCGAGGAAAGAGAACAAGGCAUUCAAGAAAUCCAGCAGCAGAUAGGUGAAGUAAAUGAGAUCUUCAAAGAUCUUGCUGUGCUUGUUCAUGAGCAAGGAGCAAUGAUUGAUGAUAUUGGGUCCAACAUUGAGAAUUCUCAUGAAGCCACUGCCCAGGCGAAAUCGCAACUUGUUCAAGCUUCAAAGACACAAAGAUCAAGUUCAUCUUUGGCGUGCUUGCUUAUGGUGAUAUUUGGAGUCGUGCUUCUCAUCAUCAUCAUUGUUGUUGCUGCUUAGUCCAUUAUCAAUCAAAUGCAGUAUUUACUGAGCCGCAGAAUCUCUCUUGCUGAUAAUUUCACCUAGUGAUGUUUUACCUGAUCUCAUGAAUAACUAGGUUUUGUCACUUUGUCUCAUCUGGUUUCGUGCACGGUGGGGGGAAAUUCCUUGCUCUAUCCUGUCUUCGUUGUUAAGGGUGGUAUGUUCUCCCUCCUCUCUAUGUUGGUGUUUGAAUUUUAAGGAUGUGUCACACAUCCUGCUUGUUGUGUAAAUAAUGUACCUGUUCAUAUUUAAUAAAAUAAAUAUUUAAUUCCUUUUUUAUUUGUA